AGUUCCCCGAUGAUGGUGCAUUCUCCGGUUGGAAGACCACAGAAGCAACUCGCAAGAGCCCGGCUGAACAUCACAACCUCCUCCAGCUACCCUUCGUACCUGCCAGCAUGUCAGAGACCUUGAAACUGUCUGCCCUGGGUCAGCCCUUCACCUUGGGGAUGCUCUACAACGCCUGCAAAGACGAGCUCAUGCCAGGUUUCACUCUGUGGGACAAAGAUGCGCUCGAUAACCAGACCAGCACGAGCACUCAGAAAAGCAGUUCCUUCAAGAUUACCGCCUCGGACACCAUGGAAUCCAGGUCUUCCCUGUUGGACGUGGAAGCCUCUCUGAACAUGAGUUUCAUGGGCGGCUUGGUUGAAGUCGGCGGGUCCGCCAAGUACCUGAACGACCAGAAGAAAUUCAAGAACCAGAGCAGGGUGACCUUCCAGUACAAAGCCACCACCACCUUCAAGCAGCUGUCUCUUCCCGCUCUCGGGCCACUGACCAGCCAGCAAAAGCAAAUCAUCGAGAAGGGCAGGGCCACCCAUUUGGUCACGGGCAUCCUGUACGGGGCCAACGCCGUCUUUGUCUUUGACAGCGAGAAGGUGGAGGCCAGCAGCGUUCAAGAUCUCCAGGGUAGCAUGCAGGCUGUGAUCAAGAAGAUUCCGACCUUCAAGAUCGAGGGAAGUGCCAAAAUCCAUCUGUCCGAAGAGGAGAAGAACCUGACCAACAAGUUCACCUGCACCUUCUUCGGAGACCUCAUCCUGGAGAAAAACCCCGCCACCUUUGUCCAAGCGGUGGAGACCUACUGCGAGCUCCCCACGCUCUUGGCAGACAUGAACAACAACGCUCCUCUGGCCGUCUGGCUCUACCCUCUGAGUUUGCUGCACGACAAAGCCGCCACGCUGAUCCAGGACCUCAGCGUCGCGCUGUCGAGGAAAAUCCAGCAGGCGAUGGAAGAUGAAAACGAAGUGAAAAUGAGAUGCAACGACAGUUUGUAUAGUAGCGUGGCCCAAGACUUUCCCAUCAUCCGCAAAAACAUCGCCAGCUUCCAGAAACUUUGCUCCUUCUACAAAGCUUCGCUCCAACUGGCGCUGUCCAGCAAGCUCCCUUCCAUCCGCGAGGGCAAAGAAGACGAGAGCGCCCUGGCAAAGGUCUUUGACGAGGGAGCGCGAUCUCCGUUCCGCCGCGAGCACCUCAACAGGUGGUUGGAGAACAAAGAGCGGGACAUCAACGUGAUCCGGUCCUGCGUCGACAUGAUGACGGAGAACUCCAACGCUUACGUGGUGCGCACCAAGUCCGAGCUGGAUCGAGUGGUCCUCUCCGCCGGCGUCUCAAAUGUUCUCUGCUACGUUUUCACCGACUUGGACAGCAACGACCCCUGCCUGGAUAGCAUGGCCAAGUACUUGGACACGUCCGCGCUGGGCGGAACCCAAAACGAGUACCAGUCCUUCUCCAACGAGGUCGUCGUGCAACUGAGAGAAAACGCCCGGACCUUCCUGAAAUACGCCAGACCUCUGCGGCGUAGCGCUAGCGUCAAGUUCCUCAUCACCGCUAUGCCGAAUAGCAAAUACAAGGGAUCUUCCAUCUACCACUACCAAGACGGCCUUCUGGUCAGCGACAAAUUCACGGUGCCCGCCGUCCCGCCGGUCGAGACCAUCACGGACAGAAACCACCUCAUCUGGUAUGCCACGGAGCUCACCUUGGAUGACAACACCGUCAACAAAAAUCUCACGCUGUCGGAGGAGAAUCAGAAGGUGACCUACGGCAGCGCCCGGUCGUAUCCGUCCAGCACGGAGAGGUUUGUCGAUCACCCUCAAGUUCUUUGCAAAGAGGCGCUAAGCGGUCGUCACUAUUGGGAGGUGGAGUGGAGGGGUCACGUCGUCGUGGCGGCCGCGUACUCGACAACCCCGAGAAAGAACCAAGGUUUCUUCCUGCACCAUUUCACUAACCUCAACUCUUCUUGGGGAAUGCACGUCAACGGUCAAUUUCAAAUACAAAUCGCGAUGGGGCUCGGUAAUAUUCCGGUGAAGUCAUAUUCCCUAAGUGGCGCGCAAAAGGUCGGCAUGUUUCUGGACUACGCCGCAGGCACUCUGUCUGUCUACGGCGUCUCCGGAAACAAGCUGAAUCACGUCUUCACUUUUGAAAUUGCUUUCGACCAAGAACUCUACCCAGGUUUCGCCGUUUAUAACAAGUCCAAUUAUGCUCAUCUGUCGUUUUAGCGCGCCCAA